CAUAUAGGUGUAGACAUUUUUCUUCUGAAUCAUUUCUAGUUAAAAAGUUGAACGGGAAACUCCUGGUUGCGCGUCUUCUGCCGUGGUAUUUUUGUAUUUAUCAAGUGUGUUUUAAUUUAUAAAGCCGGGAAAUAAAAAUGACUAACCAAAACGGAAAUCAGCAAAAUGGCGACAACAACGAUGACCAAAUCACCGAGCCCGAGCAAUUCCGCAAGUUGUUCAUUGGCGGUUUGGAUUACCGUACAACCGACGACGGUCUAAAGUCUCAUUUUGAGAAAUGGGGACGUGUGGUCGAUGUUGUUGUUAUGAAGGAUCCCCGCACCAAGAAAUCACGUGGCUUUGGCUUCAUUACUUACUCAAAGUCAUCAAUGGUCGAUGAUGCCCAAAAUGCACGUCCACACAAAAUUGAUGGACGCGUUGUUGAACCAAAGCGUGCUGUGCCACGUCAAGAUAUUGAUAAUCCUAAUGCUGGAGCCACGGUAAAGAAAGUUUUCGUUGGUGGUCUUAAAGAUGAGCACGAUGAACAAUGUUUACGUGACUAUUUCAACAAAUAUGGAAACAUUGUCGAAGUCAAUGUAGUUAUGGACAAGGAAACCGGCAAGAAGCGUGGGUUUGCCUUUGUUGAAUAUGACGAUUACGAUCCCGUUGACAAGAUUGUAUUACAAAAAGCUCACACUAUUAAAAACAAAACUCUGGAUGUGAAAAAAGCAUUGCCAAAGAAUGAUAUGUCAGGUCCACAAGGCGGUAAUAUGGGACGCGGCGGUAACAUGGGCCGUGGUGGUAAUAUGGGUCGUGGCGGUAAUAUGGGCCGUGGCGGUAACAUGGGACGUGGUGGUAAUAUGGGAAAUCAAAAUGGAAUGGGUGGCGGCGGCAGCGGCGGUUGGGGUGGUAAUGGAAACUGGGGUGGAAACUUUAAUAAUGGUGGUGGUUUCAAUAACGGCCCCGGCGGUAACGGUGGUGGUUGGGGUGGAAAUAAUAUGGGUCCUUGGGAUAAUAACGGCGGCGGUGGUUGGAACAACGGUGGCAACUUUGGCGGUCCAAACAAUGGUGGCAAUAGUGGUAACUGGGGUAACGACGAUUUUGGGGGCGGCUAUCAACAAAGUUAUGGUGGUGGCCCACAACGUGGUGGAAACUUUGGAAACAAUCGUAUGCAGCCUUACGGCGGCAAAAAUAAUUUCGGAAGCAAUAUGGGAAACCAAGGAAAUUUCGGUAACAAUCCCGGAUUUAACAAUGGACCCAUGGGAGUAGGCGGUGGAAAUGCCGGCAAUAAUAGAAGAUAUUAAAAUGUGUUUUAAAAAUUUCCAGGUCCAAUAACAGUGUAUAAAAAUCCAUUCAGAAUGCAAACCAUACAGUUACAGUUUUACAACAGUUACAAAAUACAAAAAUAGUGUAAGGAUCAUUCUUAUCAAUUAUACACGUCCUCCUUCUCUAAGCCAUCAAUAUAUUCUUGAACAUAAGAGAUGAAGAGUUUUCUAAUCGCAUAGAAAUGUAUACCAGAAAAGUGAAGAGAAAGGUGAAGGAGGAGGGAUUAUUUGAGAAAAAUAACAGGAGUAUAAGAAGUUAUAUAGUGUGGACAAAGCUAAGAGGAAGAUGAAGAGGAGAAGUAAACGGCAGCGCAAUAACAUCUAACUACUAUGGAGAAAAAUUAUGAUUAAGAAUUGUUCUUCUAUAAGAGAGGAGAUAAUCCCUUCAAUAAAAGAAUUAGCUGAUAGUAGUAUAUGGAAGACAGUGAUUACAUAUGAAUAUUUCUUUGAGAAGAGAUGAAUACAGAUCAUUAGAGCUAACGUAAUUAUAUCUGUAUAUGCAGAAGAGUAUAGUACUGUAAGUCAUCUUUAGCUGUACGUUUUUUUCUUCGAAGGAACUUUGUCCAGUAUACUACCAUGAUUAUCAAAAAAAAAAAAAAAAAAAAGAUUUUUAUUACAUAAAAUAGAUACGACUUCCCCCCUAAUUGGAAAAUGUCAACCAACAACAUUUUAGAGUAUUCGCACGACGCAUGUAAUUCGUUCGUAUGUGCUUCAUAUUAAGUCAUAAGAAAAAAUAUAAUUUGAGGCAAUUUCUCUGCCUCUGUAGUAGAUUUUAAGCAGUCUCAUUAAAGCAUAGCCAUUAAGUUUUUUAGACUUACAAAAUUUGUGGCAAUUCUUAUUUUAAAUUAUAUAAUUACAAAACUAGAAAUAGAAGAACAAGAUCAACUUUUGAAGAAGGCUAUCAGAGAUCCUAAUUAAUUUCCUAUGCAUUCAACUCUGUGUAUUAGUGAACUCCAAUUAGCUAAUUAUAUGUGUGUUAGUAUUUGACGAAGAAAUUCUAAUGUAAACAACAAUUACAUAUUGUUGUGUGUUUCUUUUUUACAAUGCUAUAAAGUUUAAUAUUGUGUAAGACUUCUAAUACAAGAUUUGACUUCAGAUUUUUAGCCACAUUAUAUUUAAAAGAAAAAGAAGAGAACAAAUAUAUGUACAUAUUUAUUUACAUUACGAAAAAAUGUAACAAACAUA